AUGGCUGAUAACACUAAGGUGUUUUUACAUGUCGUGUACGCCGGUUUUGGAGAUGCUUCCAUUUUGGAAUUUAACCCUGGUGAGUUCCUGAGAAUUCUUAGGGACAUGUCAUAUUUGAAAACUCUUACCUGGAGAAUCUUUCUGUACUAGGGAAUUUAAUCGAAUAAACGAUACUGAAUAUAACUUAUCAAGCAAUUACUAAUGGAUACUGAGAAAUCUAACGCACGAUAUUCAAUUUAUAGGUGGAAACCGUCGUUUCUACUUGGUGGACGGAGGGCCUGUCACUUACGAAGGAGCGGGGGGAACUAUUAAAAGGCGAAUCAAGAAUCUUACGAAACCGCAGCUCUCUAAGCCUUACUACCAAUAUCUUCUAUACACAUUGACUCGCUUGGCAUGCGAUCACAACAGCAAAGGCAAAGGUACAUAGAGUAAAUCAGCUGUGAACCAAAAAGACUGCUUGUUUUCCUGGCUGACUUACUGACUUACGGACGGACUGAAUAGCGGAAUGGCCGAUUGAAUGUAACUACCAUCUGACCGACUGACUAAACUACUAAGUGACAAACAGUCUGGCUGACCGAAUAAUGAGUUACUGCCUUUCGAUUAUGCCGAUGGAAGCCAAGGCACAUUCGUUAAUUUAACAGGAUAAGCCACAAACUGGCUUGUCUCAAGGAAUAUCCAACUACAAAGUGUCCUCCGUUUUUAACGUUUGUUUAUCCUUUUGAAAACAAGUUGAUUAUGAAGAAAUAGCGAAAAAUUUCGUACUUUUGUUAAAAACCAAACCAUUCGAGAAAAAAAUUGUCUUGCAAAAAGAUAAAUUCUACAAUAAAACAUAAAUUUACAAGCAAAAACAACUGCAGCAAGGUCCCCCCAAAAAGCCUUAAGCUGUGCGUUUAUGGAGAUACGGAUGCUUUUGGGAAAUUUGGAGAGCGCUCAAGAAGUCAACCUCUUGCGUUUCUCUCGUGCUCUCCAAAGUUCGCACGUGCAUCCAUAACUUUACUCAAUACACGCACGCUGAGUAUAAACCAGUUAUGAAUGACUGUUUUGGUGUACGUUUAAUAGUUAAAAUUUAAGUAACAAGUAACUUUGCUUCAUUUUUUUUAAGGUUUAUUUGUUUAUGACUUUCGGCAAUGGCCUUUUCCUUUUCAAUAGACCCGACGCUAGCACUUUUGUAUAGCUAAGAGUCUUCACUUACGCGAUACAAUACAUACGAUUUUUCCGAGAUCUUGGGCAAAACCGCCACUGGUUGACGUACGUCGUUCAAAAACGUCUAUGCUUAAGCUCCCCAGUUUCUUUGUGCAACAAUGCGAAUAAACCUCAGGAAUGCCCUUUUCAAGGACGAUGUCAUUGAAUUGAUCGUCUGGCGCUUCAGUUGUCAUAGCUGUCAAGGAUAUAUCCUAUAAAUAUAUUGCUAUACCGCCAGGAGCCCAUAACUCGGAGCGAGCAACUCCCACACUGGCCAUACUAGGCCGAUGUCAUGGCGCUUUUACAGACCGGUAUAUUUUUAGAAACAUUUUAGGGCGAUUUUCCCCUCGGAAAAAAAACUCCGCCAUGUCCAUGAGCACCUCUUGAAGUAUAAGAUAUCAAGAAGAAAAAAAAAACGUUAUUAAAAGGCAGACAUAUCAUUUUUUAGGUCUGUAUAAGGUUUUGCUGACUUGUUUUUGGGCGGUAAAAGAUAUUCAAAAUUCGCACCAAAACAAUUCUAAACAUUAACUGGUCUCUGAAAACGCCGUGACUCGAGCACAUGGAAGUUGCUCGCUCCGGGUUAUGGGCUCCUGUUACCGCAGAGCUUUGUGAAACAAAUGAUGGAACAGAGAAUUAAUAACUCUGCAGUGAUUAUCAAGUGUUUACAAAUAAUCCGUGGAUUGAGUGAGCUCCAAUGAGCGUUAGCCCCAGCUUAAGAGAUAGGCUUUACUAAAGAAAGUGCCUCCUUCUCAAUUUGCCCUUCAGAUCCUGGUACUUCUCGAUCUCUUCUUAAUUCUCCAACACACCAAUCCUGGUGUCAAAAGGACGAGCCAUUUAUUUAUUUAUUAAUUUUUUUGCACUAAAACAUCCGGUCUGUUCGCCUCAUUUGAUAGAUCGGCCUGGAUUUGAAGCCGCACAGAAUCUUGAUCUCCGAUUAUAGGACCGAUUACAGGGUGUUUGGUAACACAAUUUAUUGUUCCUUUCUAGGCGAAGGUGUUCAUAAUGCCCGCCUGAGUGUAUUACUAUGGCUGUUUUGUCAUGCCUCCAGUUUGUGUAAUGCUUUUGAGCAGGCAUCUUGCGCGCCGCCAGCACGUGUGUCACUGCCUCCUCAAUUUCGCCACACAUUCUGCAAGCUGGCGCUAUAUAUUGCUAAUUAUUAUUAUUAAAAACUGAAUCAUUGGAUAAUGCAAUUCUAGCAUUUUGAUUGGCUUAGCCGUUAUGGUAUAUGAGCUAUUAUACCAUGCUCUCCAUAUAUGGUCGGUGCACGCGUCAGUUUAAAUUGGAAGCUAGCUGAGAUUUUUUUCGCGAAGGAUAGAACGGCGCAAGAAGCAAAUCGUUUUAAUUCAUUUCUUAGAAUACUAGAAAUGCAAUUUCAUCGAAAGAAAAAAGACAAAAACAAGCAAAAAAGCCACAAGAGCUUGUUUGAAAGUUUGUUGAAAAACACAUGAAAACACAUGGAACUAAAGUACCUUGAACAGCUACGAAAGAAGACAAGUGAUCGCGAAGCCAUUCGCCGAUCGAGUCACUCGCCGAUAGAUAACUGCGGCUUGUUUAUCCGACAUCAAGAAUAUAAAUCACAAGUAACCAGCUACAAAUACAGGCUAUGCAGCCAUUCACUAGAGCAAUCGAGGCGGCAGUAUAGCUUCUUUUCUCGUUCAGCAAAACCAGCUCGUGGCUUCAAAGAAACUUCAUAACAAGCGACCUAGGUAAUAGUUUUUCUCCGUUGUUCUUACUUUUAUAACUGCACCGAAAAUCCAAAUUCACAGUAAUUUCGACGGCUGUCACUGGCACUUCUUUUCCUUCACAUUAUCUGCCAGUUUUUUUGCUGUUCUGCUGUGUAAAAUCCUAGAAUCCCGAUGAGUUUUUCAAAAACUAAUGUUCAUCGCUACAAUGUUUUGAUUUUUCAUUCAUGCAGUCCAGGCGAGUCCGUUCGCGCGUUGACAGUUUUGAUAGACGUGUGACAUGUGAAUAGCGGAAGUCCCUUGUCUUUUCCGGUUUGUUCUAGUAGGGGAGAUUCAACGAGAUUUUGUGGGCGUUUUUAAUAAAACAAUUAUUCCACUCGCCCUUGUUGGAUAUGAGAUGAUUAUAGCCAACUCGGCGCUACGCGCCUCGUUGGCUAUCUAUCAUCUCAUAUCCAACGCGCCCUCGAGGAAUAAUUGUUAAUUAUCAUUUCCAUUACUGUCAUUAUCAUUAUUGUCAUUAUUAUUAUCAUUAUCAGUAUCAUUGUCAAUGUCAUUGUCAUUGUCAUUGUCAUUGUCAUUGUCAUUAUCAUUUUCAGUAUCAUUAUCAUCGUUAUGAUAUAGAGAUGUAUCUAAACGAUACAUGUAUAUCUGCUCUGAUGGUUGGAAUUCACUCAAGUCACUAAUCUUAUGAUGUCGACCUUGCCCAUAUUUUAAAUGUUCCUCUUACGCCAGUAAUCAACCUUCACGGCGAGAUAGGUUGGGUAUGAGUUUAACGUUUGGUCAAAGCUUAUCAUGACCGACAAGGUCAGCCUCAAUGAGGCUUCACUUAUCAAACUGAUAACAGUGUCUCUGUUUCUUCUGACCACUGUGAGAACUCUUCUUGGUCUUAAUUACCGUCCUUAUACGUUACCUUACCGAAGAAGGUUUAAGCAAGGACUACCUCCAAUUCAUAAGCAUGCGGAACACUUUGAAGCAGUUAAAAGGGCUCUUUGAAUUUUCUGGACGUCGUAGCCUCCUGAAUGGCUUAGGUCUCAUUUCUUGACUGGCACUUUUGUUUCCCCUAAGUGUUUCGUUUACUUAAUUUAUCAGAUACAAAACAACAUUACCUAUUUGGGAUGCUUUCAAUACUUGUAAUUUUCAUAUCUACUCAAACUCAACCCUUCCUCUUGGUUAAAAUCAACACCUGUAUGGUGUGUAUUGUCAUGGCACUGUAAUGUUAUUGUGUUCCCAUAAAAACCUGGCGGUAACUCAUCAGAGCUUCCCAAGAAAGCCCUGACACCUUGGCCUACGUCGUACUUCAUUUCAUUUUUGGUUCAGGGGCAAAAUGUGUAGUUAAUAUACUCCAUGCUGUCACCGAAGGGAAAGUGCUGAGUGUCCGAGAUAUUUUCCUGUAGACGUGUCCCUUUGAUAGAGACAAGUAACAAAUAAGGUCUGCUCUCCUUUGGACCAGUAGAAAGAAAGGUUCCCGUAUUACAGAGCUGUUGUUGAGUAGAGGUUUGACUCUAUUCGGAAAUUGCACUUCGAAAUUGCUCUUCUUGUUUCAGACAAUACAUUCUACUUUCCAGUGCCUUUCUCCAACUAGACGUGUAGAUGCGAUAUAACACUACUAUAAAAUAUCGGUAAAGAGACGAGUAGCAGGCAACUGCAACGGGAUUUACGUGGUAAUGCUCCUUUUAGCCUCUCCCUACAACACAAUUCCGAACAAAUUCUGUCAUCUAUGCUUCUGUAGCUUUGUGAAGUGACGUUUUUAAACUUACUAUCAUUCUUCAAGCUUGCGCUUUUGCCUUUCUUUGUACAGAAACUGAUACGAAACUUGUGGUGUACACAAGCGAGCUGUUUAACUUGAUUUCAUUUCUGAACAAUGCUUCUUCUUGCAUGUAUGUUUGCCAGAGAUCAAACUUGAUGGAGCGGUAGUCUCCCAUCCCCACGCUGAUCAUUUAGACGGUGUGGAAAGACUCUUCAGGGAGCUCCUUCCUAAGAAUUACCAACUCAAGGUUGCAGAUGAGACCCCAGAGAAAAGAUUGAUCUGCAAUGGACCAGUAUUGCUUACAAGAAAAUUUGCUCUUCAAACGGAAGCCUAUUGUAGCUUUUCCAACUUUCUGCUAGACUCUAAAUUUGAAGUUACUCUAAAUGAAGAUGAUAUACAGAAUGCCUUUGGUGGUAAUGGCAUGUUUUUCACGUUUCCUACAUCGCCUGGUGUGUUGUACAGUCGAUACGAACAUUCAAAAGAGGAGAGACCUUCCAUAAAAGAACAAAAGGCUAAGUUAGCCAAGGGAAAACAACAUGAAGACAGGGAUCUGAACAAAUCAAGCAUCAUUCUUUACGUAGAGAAGGGAGGUAAGAUUUGCUUGACUGGGGAUGCUCAUGGGCAUGACAUAACGUCAACGCUAAGAAAGCAAAAUGUACAGGACCUACAUAUUUUCAAGAUACCCCAUCACGGAAGUCGCAAAAACAGUAUCUUGGGCACAGUGUUACCUCCAAAGUGGGCAAUCCAUAAUUUGGCAGCCAUGCUCCUUCUUAGUACAACUCUACGACGGAAAGUCUCACUGGGCAAUGAUUAUGAAGAGGAAGACGACAUAAAACACCUUAGUGAGACCGUAAAGGACAUAGCUGGAUGUGGGAAUGGGGAAAUGGUACAGAGGGUGGCUGAUACAUUUCGAGCGGAACUGAUUCGAAAGAAAAGAAUCCAGAAUAAAUCAGAGAGUGUUAACGCGUUUCUAACAAAAGUUGAGAAGAAGCAUAUGGAAAUUGUGAGAGCAAUUCAAGAGAAUACUAGGGAUCCUUGGAAGGGUGUGAAACCACUGGAAGGACUGAAACCCUGGAAAGAUCUCACGAAAUCAGUCGUUAUGAAGUAUUUGCAAUGCUUUGAGCGAGGUACUGAAAGUCCUGUAAAAAGGGACAAGGUUGAUGUUGCUGCAUCAAGCAUCGAGCAUACCAUCAAGCAGUUGCUAGGCAAAGCCAAAGUUUUCAAAAGUUACUUCUAUAAAUUUGGGAUUGGCAAGUUCUUUGAUUCGUUUCAUGCCAAGACAUACUACUUUUCAGCCGAAGGUCGAUAUCAGCAUCCAUCUCCUCUUGUUGUUAAAGGAAUCAUAAAAGCCGCCGUUAAGAAGAAGAAGUCUUGUAGGAUUGUGUUCACUUCUGGGGGAUGUGUCCCUUCAACUCAUUUACCUGACGUCAAUUCCACAUCGUUCCAAGGAUGGAAGGAACUUGUCUCUCUUUUCUACCUAGAAGGCGAUUUUUCAUUUAAAUUGGACCCAGGAGAGGACGUCAACAUUGCUCCAAGAGGAACAAAGAAAUUGCAACACGAUGACGGUAAACCAUCCGAAGUGGCUGAACAACUGAGAAGUAACCCUGGGUUUACAAUCCCCCACAGGUCCUUUCUGCCGGAAGUUGACACAUAUUGUGUGACAGCAAUAGUAUCUGAAAAGACGUACUGGCUAGACGUUAAAGACGACGGAAAUCUCUUUGUCGCCUCCACCAAACGCAUUCUCACUGUUUCUAACGCACACUGCAUCAAUGGUGAUUUGAGAAAGAUCUCUCUCAAGAGUGAAAGUGGCUGUGAGACGGUUGUGACUCUUGAACAGGUACAAAACACUGACUGCUAUCUGAUUAAGGUUUCUCCCAGCCAAGGAUACCUUUUCAUUGAGGAAUUAUCUCCUAACAUAAAGUUUCAAAACAACAAGAGCACUAAGUUUGCUUUCACACACACGACGCUUGCUCCUUCAAGCAAAAGCGGAAACCAGAUAACAAUUUUGGAAUUCCUCAAGUCUCUUGGGUACAACGCCGAUGGAAAACCAAUAUACGUUGGAAGCGUUCUGGAAAUUCUUCUCGGGGCAGCAAACAUGAAAAAUCUAACUGAUCAAUUACCAAACGAUCUCAUUGCAAUGGUCACCUUUGAUCAGGAAGUAUAUUUGGAAGGGUCUUCUGUUGAGAUUUCUUCAUUGGGAGAUGCCGAGGUUGUCUCAAGCCACAUACAUGUGUCCUUGCCAACGCCUUCAAUAAAGUUUGACUCGCAUGACGUAACCAGACUUAAGUUUGUUGUCAAAGGCCCAAGUUCUGAGACGCCAAGCCUUUCACUUGUAUUAUCCACUUUUCACCGGGAUAUAGAAUACACUGUCAACCUAAGCAAGUUGUUGACGAAAAGGCAAGCGUCUGUUGACAUGUAUUUAAAUGCACUUAGGAUGUCUACAAAGUACCGAGACAAUUUGACCCUAGGAACAUUACUUGAUCGUGUAAUGGGCCGCCUUCCACUUGAAGCAUUGUCAAAAUGCUUUCCAUCAAGGCUUUUUGAAGAUGAGAUACUUUCCUGGAAAAUUGAUCGCGCAAUCUCCACAGUGAAGUACUUUAGAUCUCCACUUGCUGUCGAAGUUCUUUCUGGUGACUUUUAUAUCAUCAUACCACAUGGGAUGAACCAAAUGAAGUUUGGGAACUCGCUAAGCGUAGAAAUGUCUCGAAUUCACGUUGUGGUCAGCGACCCACGUACAUACAAGAGCAGUUUUGAGAUCUACUGCGAUGCAAAUAUCCAGAAAAUUCCAGUCAACGUAAAAAUGACGUCCACCUCGGCAAACCUACCAGAAGUGGUAAUCUCGUUUCCUGAAACCGUCACUCCGUUCGAAGUAUUCAAAUUACUUGAUCAUACAGGCACCUUAUUAGAGCUUCGGGUGCCAUUUAAAAAUGAGAUGCUGAAAAAUUUGUCAUUGACAAAGCCAAGAAUAUCGGUUGCCCAGGAUGUUCGAGGUUCCAAAGAAAGCCGCGUCUGCUCAGUGAGCUUUGACUUUUCGUUUGGUUCGUUUUCUUCCUACAUUCCGAAAAGCCUUCCUCAGCCUGAAGAUACCAAAGGAUCAUUGACCAUUCUUAAUCCCUUCAGCACAAAGCCUGGUGUGUUACUUGAAGCUCACUUUAAAUUGCCUAUUUCUUCAUCUGAAGAGGAAAAAUCUUACUUAAACUCGAAGCUCUCAUUUUGGCCAAUUCAAGUUCCAGAUAUUCCAGAUUCGGAUUCGAAGGAUGGGUAUGCCUGCAGCAUAUCACUGUCUCCUAGUUCUCCUGGUACUACAUUGCGAUCAGCCCUUAGCUCAGUUAUUCCAGGCGACAUGACAGACCUAAUGUCGGUAUCUCUGCCUUUCAUUUCUUCAAAACUGGAUCAAGUGGAAUUGGAUAAAAUUUAUCUUGAAGCAAAUCCCCAAAGCAGAAAUAUCAUUUCUGUGAUGGUCUCGUUCAUGGUUCCAGAACUGACAGUUGUCGAGGAAAGGUUGGCCAUUUACGACGCAAAUUUCGUCGUGGAGUAUGCCAACGAGCAAUGGUAUGCACAUGCUGAAACAAAGGUGUGCGUCUUUAACAAGUUCGUGUGCCAUGCAGCAUUUUCUUUGCCAAAGGCCGACGCACCGGGCACCUUGACGUUUGAAAACGCAAACGAUCUAACCUUUGGAGAGUUUGUCAAGGGCAUGGGAGUUGUCGAUUCAGGAGAUAUUCCUGUUGUGAAAGAAUUGCUUGAUUUGAAGAUUUCUCAAAUUUCUUUGAGCUUUGAAAACGCGGGUGCGUCUCUCAGAUUAACAGAUUUCUUGGUCGUUGUGGAAAAGAGGCAGUUUAACGUUGGACGUCUUCAGCUCUUCAACAUUAAAAUUGGAGUAACGUACACUAGUAUUCAAGAUCGAACAAGGAUGUCGUUUUCAGUUGAAGGGUCUCUAAAUGCGAAGACUCACGCUUCCUUAGCUUACAAUGCAGAGAAAAGAGAGCUUUGUGGAAAUUAUCAAUUAACAGAAAACAUGUCCACGAGUGAAUCUCUUAAUGAAUUAUUUAAGGCAGAUACUCAAGUACACCCUGAAGGAAAUGCAUUUGACCAGGUGAAGAACUUGCAAGUUCAAGAUGUGGUGGUGAUUCUCAGUUUCCCAUGCGGCGAGGAGUGGAGCUUGAAGACGUUUUCCUUAGGCAUUCAAGGUUCUCUGUCACUUGGACCCUUCAAUCUUCACAAGCUUCGCUUCAAAUACGUCAAAGAACAAGCAGAGGAUACUAAACACCACUACACAAUCACCGGCAAGUUCAAAAGCCAUGAACCAUCAUUAAGUCUUAUUAUGGAACUUAACUGCUCAACCCAGGAAUCGGAGAAGAGCAUACUUGAGGCUAAGAUUAGACCAGACAUUCCAGGAGGAUUAACACUUUCGUCUUUGUUAAAACUUUGUGGUUUAAACGCCCCUGACGUUCCAGUGGUCAAUGGGUCGCUUAAUUUUCUGGACAUAGAGCUAAUGGUAGGUAACACUGUUGUAAUCGCUUUAUAGUAGGCUUAUUUUGAUCUAAAGAAAAGCACAUAAAAAUAGGUGUCAAAGUUUGAUUAGGUCUGGAGAAUUAAAUGGUAUCUUUCUAUAUUGUCUCUGAAUUUUAGAAAAACGUUUUCGUUUCUAUUCGAUUUUAAUUUAAGUUAAGAGUUUCAUUUAAAUACUCUUCUGUUUGCACCAAAAAUGAAGUUUUUGUGAUUUUCAAUAACAAUGAUACCGAGAACAUUUGUUCUACUCUUUGGAAAGAACGGGUAGCAAUAAAAAUAAAAUUGCAUGUUAUUCUUGAGAACCUGCAUUUAGCCAUAACUACUUAUUAUUCUUCAGGAAGCUCUUCUUCAAUUUGAGGUUCCAUUUCAAGUUCUCAAGUUGGAUGUUGUGAUACAAACAAAAGAAACUCUGACCAUCCUUCAGACACCUAUCAUUAAACUUCAUAACGCAAGAUUUGAAUAUCAUUCGGACAGCAAAAGUCACCCUUCACGAACAGAAGUCUUCAUCGAGGGAGGUUUUACCAUUGCACAGAUCCACUUGAGGGUGAGAUUAAUGAAGGACACGAAGAACUGCUUGAUUUUGGAAGGACGUUUAAACCAGACAGAUAACGAGAUCCUGGACUUCGAAACGGCAGCUCAACAACUUUCUCCAGGACUUGACGUUAAACUCCCAGAGGGUGCUACUGCGUCUUUGAGCUCGUUUUCCUUCAUGGUGAAAAAGAGUGAAGAAUGCACAGAGCUGGCAUUGGAAGGUGAGUCGAAUGGGACCUGGUCCAAAGACGCUGGCUUUAGUACUAUCAAUGUUGAAGCUCUAGGUGGAAAGCUGCAUUUCAGAAAAGAGCGAGAAUCUGAUCACUGGUCUAGUUCCGUUUGUCUUACUGGAAGGGUUCGUUUGCUGCAAUCAGUUGUUAUCGGUGUGGAGAUUUACUAUGACAAGGAGUCUGGAGUCCUCGCUGUUGGGACUGUGCAAAAGCCAGAGCAAGUAAAUCUUGAAGCUAUUACUCGUCAAUUGUCAGCUACCUCCGAGUCUUCCACAUCUUGGAAUGAAAUUGUACCAGAAGGGAUCGAGUCUUCUUUGCGUUCACCUAAUUUCAAGACCGCAUCGAUUUAUAUUGAUUUUGCCAAGAAGACGCUACUUCUUUAUGGAAAUGUAUCUGGAUUAGGGACAGGAUUGUUGAUUGUCAAGAGGUCAAACACAGACAAAGAAGAGUCUUCUGAGUAUGGUUUCUUGUUCGGGUUAACGCUAGAAAGUGGCUUCAGGUUUUCCUUCAUUAACAGAAGGCUAAGCGUUGUGGAUGAUGUCCUGUCAGUACAACAAGCAAAUCUGUCGGUAAUUUCAUUGCACAAGGAGACCAUUGGUGAAUUGCGCAAAGACUUUGCGAAGCUACAGCAUGUAAAAAAGUCUUCUUUAUCCAAACAUCUAGGUGUUAAUGUCCCUUUUGCUGACCUUGACAUCACAAGCAUCUCCAAAUUAGAUGUCAAUCUACGGGGAGUAAGAGCAUUUGCGAAGAUCCACUUUUCCAGCAGUAACUCCAAGCUAGUUCAAAACGUAACCCGAAUUCAAAAAGAAGGCGAACGUUCGGAUGUUGUUUUAUUUGGCAAGUUACCAGAGAACCCUGAAGAGACCGAAUUUAACGCUAGCAUUCAAGAGAUAAAGCUCUUUGGCGGUACUUUGACUUUCAGAGAAGUUACUCUGGUAUACAGGCCUUUCCCAACCGACAAGAUGAACUUCAACUUGAGUGGCAAGAUGUAUUUGCUGUUGGAAGAAAAUUCAAAUCCGCUGGUUUUCAUUGGCAAUCUUAAGGUCUCAGAAUUAAAGGUAGAGUUUAACAUGACAGUUGAAGGUGGCCCUGAGAAAAUAACAGAGCCGUUUGGAAUGUCUGGAAUUUCUUUCGAACAUCCAGAGCUUAAGCUUAUAUGGAAAUUUGACGAAGACCAUCACAAGCCUGUUAUCCCUUCAUACAUGAUAAGUGGCGAGGUCAUUUUCUUUAAAUCAAACGGGACUGGUGAGGAUCCUGCUGCAACUCUACGAGGAUUAAUCUUAUUCCAACAGGGAAAGCCAGUCGUGGCAAGAAUCUCUUUCGAUCUGGAGAAGCCUCUUAGUAUCGACGACGUGUUUUUUACAUUGAUGGGGCACAAAUGGCCAAAGGGAUAUCUGGAUGUCAAGUUCAGAGGGGGCCUUGUUUAUUACUCGAAAUCGACUGUUGAAAUAGAAGACCGAGAGGGAAAUGCGGUGAUGUACAAGGAAGGAUUUCAUGGUGAGACACACAUACAGAUCUUUGGCUAUCCUUUCGGGGUUGAAAUUUCAGUCAAUUCGAAUCCCAAAGGAAUGAUUAUUAAAGGUUACACAGAUUCUGAGAUCGAUUUGCGGUUUGUCACACUGGGUGGCGCGGCUGGACGCGAAGACGAAGAAAGGGGCCCUGAAGUUGUGAUCUCGCGCUUCGAUGGGCAUAUGAUGUUCAAUAUUUCUGCUGGAGUUAAACUUCUUCAAGAGAAUAUAGGAACCUGGUCAGUUGGGUACAACACCAAGGAAAGCUGUUUCUUAGGGAGUCUGACUUACGAUGGAGAGUUACUUGGACGUGAAAAUCCUUCCAUUGAAUUUGAAUGGAGCAAAGAGGGAGGAUUCAAGAUUCGUCAGCUGCAAGCCCUACUUGAUCUAGAGGCACUGAUUGAUUUUGCCAGCGCAUUUGAGAAGCUAAGCGAGAUUAUAAGUAGCCCGUGUGAAAAGAUUGUUGGUUUGGUCUUCGACCAAGUUAUCAAGACGAAGUGCAACUUGGAUAUAAAGCAGGUUCCUGUGAAGGAGUCCCAGAAACCAAAUGCUUGGUUUGCACUUGGAUUGCAAGGCAAACUGGACAUCAUUAUCGGCUUCACUGACGAACCUACUUUGACUGUCAAUUUCCCUUGGAUGGUCUUAGCACCUGACAAACCACCCAGUCAGUUUCGCCUGUCCGAUUUAAAGGGUUUCCUCAUUGCAAAUAUUGUAGAAAACUCUCUAGAUGUGGUGAAACAAGUCUUCUCUGAUCCUGAGCAGCUGACAAAAUUCUUUGCAGCAUUUGGUACGAUCAAACUAUCCAAGUGGGUUCUGUCAAGUCUUAUCUGCCGUGGUGUUACUAGUUCCAACGUUACAGAGGCAGCUGAAGCAGCGUUGGAGGCCAUGGAGGCUUUAGCCGCUACGGAGGAGGCAGCUUUGGCCAGUGAAUUCGCUGAAUUGUAAGUUAAUAACCUUGUCAUGUUUCUUUGCCUCAACUAAUAGUACAGCACUCUUGCAGGAAAUAAUUACAGAAAACGCCUUGACUGAUAAAUUGAAAAGUUGAAAGCAUUCAAUACUUGACCAUAGGCCGUGUAAAUACGAUGUCUUCUCUCGUGGAUGCACAAAGACGUGCUGUCUAGGAGACCUUCUACUAUAGCUACUGAAGGUUUUUCUUGAUCUAUUUUAAAAUAAAAGAAAAAAUAUAUAUAUGAUUAUACGUGUAGGUAUUUUGAACGAGUUUUGGGGCGUUUUAUUGAUUGAUCUGUGUCAGUUCUUUGUCAGAUUAAACUAUGUAAUUUCUUCUCUAUGUGACUGGCCUGACUUUCAGGAUCUGAAUGAAUAUAGUGAAAAACGAUAACGUAGGAUUUUUUGCUAUAUUUUUUCUUUAAUUUUUAUCAUUAUUAUUACAAUUAAAAGUAUUGUUAUUAUUUUAAUUGUUGUUGUUGUUGUUGUUGUUGUUAUACAGGCUGGCUGCAGUCGGAGCAACAGUAAGUAUUGCUGUACUUGCUGCUUACGCAGUCCAAGUUAUUGGCACAGUCGCAGCUGUAAUUAUACUAUUAAAAGACAUCAUUCGGUUUCUAAAGGGCAUCGUCAACUUUUUCACUGGGAAGACUGAACAGCAGAAAAAAGCCGAGAAUAGAUUAGGGGAAGCCAAGAAGAAGGGAAAGGAGGCAAUAAAAGCUGUAGAGGAUCGCUUGAUAAUAGAAGGUCUCAUGAUCACUUUGCCUGAGUCAGAUCAGAUCCAAGUUACCUGGAAACCAUUGGAAAAAGGCGUCAAGUACAAAGUGCAAAUUGUAUGCAUCGACCUGGGUGGCGCAAAGAAAACCCUACGAGACGUAACAACAACAAAAAGUAAUGUUAAUGUUCAAAAUGAAGCAAUAAAAUACAACGCCAAAACAUUCAAGGCGUCUGUUGAGGCAUUGUACAAACAAGGUGAUAACAUGUUCAGAGGAAAGGAACAAUCGUUAGCAGUGGAUGCUGUAACUCGCCUUUAUGCGCCAUCGAAAGUAGAAAUUGAGUCUAAGCAAGAGGGAAGAGAGUUGCACGUGUUGUUCUCCCAAGUUAAAUAUGCUGAGGGAUACAAAGUUGAAGUCCUUUCUCACGACGGCAGCGUGAUUGGUGGUGCUGUCCUCAAGCCCUCUGCUGAGGAAAAUGAUGGGAAGCUCGUAUUUCAGGCCCAAGAGUUUGUUUUUGGACCUCCGGGCUUAAUCAAAGUUAGGGUUUGUGCCCAACUAUAUCAAAGAGGGACAAGCGAUAAUGAAUUCAGAUACUCCGGCGAUCUGUACCGCGUGGCAGCCCCGUCGAAUGCCCGCCUCUCUUACAAGUCAGGGUCACAAGCUGUAAAUGUCCAAUGGAGUGUGACUAAUGCCCAAGACAUUUCCAGCUUCCUUUGCGAGGUAGUUUCACUGGAAGAGAAAGCUAUCUAUCGACGGGUAUUAGCCCUAAAAGAUGGAGACCUUAGUUUCAACAUUCAAAUUCCACUGGUUGACAUAACAACAAGAUCAGAUCCCUCGUAUCAGCUUCGUGUAUGUUCCACAGGCAGCCCAACAGCACUAGCCAGUUCCUUUUUCGCCAGUGAAGAGCACUUGUCCUUCCUGAAGGAAGUGAAAAUCAUCUCAUCAUCGUACGAUCCUCAGGCAAACCGACUGACCGUUUCCUGGCUGCUGGUUCCUGGAGCAGUGACCUAUGUAGCUAGUAUUCACGCAAAGUCUAGUUUGUCAAGUUCUGCUUCUACCAAAGUGGUAGAAAGCCGCAAUGACAGGGUGGAGUUUGAAAUUGGGGACGUUGAACUUAUUACUGGCUUGCCGUAUGUUGUGUCAGUGAUGGCUGAUGGAAAAGAUUUGCAGCACCUUCCAAGUUUACCGUCAAUUACAAGCAAAGGGUUUACUCAGUUGCCACGUCCAGUGUCUGUCAUCCAUGAUUACGCUUUUGAAGAGAGAAAGAUUAAAGUCACUUUUACACCUGUUCCUAAUGCAACUGCCUCUAAAAUUGAAGUUGUGAAUGUUAGUUUUCCAUCCCAAGUUGCAGGCGUGCUGGUUACACCAAACACAGCAACAAAAGUGGAUUGUUCAUUUGACGUCGAAAGCAUGAGUUUCGUUAGUGGUGCUUCCUACAAGUCAUGGGUCACCGCCUUAGGAAAUGAAACACUGAUAAACAGCAUCCCCUGUGUCACGGAUACAUUGCUUACUUGCAGUGACAACGCAGAAACUGUGGCAUUGAAAUACAGCGAGGCAUGGAAGCAAAUGGUUGUCUCCUUUGAUUCAGGGGAGGGAAACUUUUUGUUAAGGGUAGAGGACGUCUCAAAGAAAAAAAGGCCAAUCAGCACCCAAAUCAUAGCUGUCAAGCAAUCAGAGCAACCAGUUCACAAAUCGGUAGUGGAGAUCCCUCUGAAUAUCACUAAAGAGCCACCGGGUGCAAGGUAUCAAGCUUCUGUAAUGAACGCCGGCGAUCACGAGUACUUGCCUAGUGGGACUGCUCAGUCCAAUGAGGUUCUUUUAUUGAGUCCACCUGACUCCGUGGAACAGCAAUACAAAGAAGAAGUCUUUACUGUAUUGUGGAAGAGUGUUGAUUCAGCACCCGGUUAUAAAAUUAGAGUGUACAAUUCUAAAACCGCAAGCACGGCUAUAGAGGAGAACAUUAGUGAUCUAUCACUUGCUGGCAAACAAAUGAGGAAAGAUUUUUCUCUUGGCUCUUUGUUCCUGGAAUCUGACGGCGCUUAUCAAACGGUUGUGCAAGUCUUGGGAGAUGAAUUGAACAUAGGAGGAGCCAGCGCCAAAUCUAACACAUCAAUACCGUCUUUAUCCCCUCCUGAAUGCGUCGAAAUUUCUUUCGACAAUGAUACCCAUCGCGUGCAUGUGAGUUGCUGUUUUGUGAAAGACGCAACAUCCUUUAACCUAGGAGUAGUCGAUGCCAAAAAAAUAAGUAGUCAAGGCGCGACCAUUCAAAACGCUUUACUAGGAUUGAAGACUUUCAUCGUUAACAGGGAUUGCUUGGGUGAACGAGUUGAAGUGGAUUUUAGUGACAGUGUACUGAUUUGUUCACUUGACGGUGAACACAAAGGAGUAGCACAAGUAUCUAGAAAGCAAGACGAUUGCAUGAUACUCCCAAGUGGGUAUUCCAUUUCUGAAGGAGCUGUUUCUUGGUUGAGACCUGCUGUUCCUAUUCACCUGUAUUUCAAUCCGGUAGAUUCAGUUCUGAAGAUUACGUGGACGUCUGUUAGGCUUGCAGUAAAUUACGUGGUUGAAGUUUUGCAAACAAGAGAUGAUGAUGACGGAGCAACUACGACCUUAAUUCCGAUUUCAAAAGAGGUUGAUGGCCUCUCAUAUGAUGCCGACACAGAAGAUUUAAAGAUCGAGGAAACCGACAAGUUAUUGGCGAGAAUUCAACCCAUCGCAGCCCAAGGAAGUGUAAUUAAAGAUCACGCCAUUGCCUACUCAAGCGAAGUCCUCGUUUGCCAAGGCUCCCCAUCCCAGAUUGAGGUUCUACAAGUCAACGAUGAGGCGGUGAAACUGAGAUGGAAGGGAGAUGAAGCCGAUGAGUUUCACAUCAGAGUUUGGAUGGUUUUAAAGACUAGGGAACCACUCGAAGUCAUCACUAAGGUAAUGUAUUUCAUUUGCACAUAACUAAGACCAAUGUUAAAUACAUUAGUCGUCCAAAUAUCCUUCAAACCGCUUUUGUGAGAUUCUUCGUUUUCUUGGAUUUUGAACUAAGUCACUAAAUAUGAAGCAAAAGAAACCAGAAUUUUAUCUAUUGUAUAGUAAUAACACUAUCGAAGUAGAUUGGUUUGCCAUUCACUGGCGGUUCUGAGAUUUUAUUAGAGGCCAAUAAUUUUUGUCGCUGAUUUUUCUGCUUCUCACAGAAGUAUUGGAACAUCUUUCUUUGUACACUUAAAGUCCCAUUGUCACUUUCCUUGAGGCACAGUGCACAUUUUUCACUGGAUUUCACCCAGUGAGCUCGGGUGGGGGUGGGGGAAUUGGUUGCUCCCCCUUUUUUUCUAAACGAUAAAACAUUAGCACCUGACGUUUUCAGUAGCUGUUCGUUUAUCCCUUGCGCGCAUUUUGAGAAGGGAUAUUGGUGGUCAGUUACUAUGAUUACGAGAAUGACGUCAUAAGAAGCAGCUAAUCAAGCCAUUUUUCAGUGACAAUGCAUGUUUUUUCAACUUCUUUCAAUAAUAAAAGAAAAGCUUGUGGAUGAAAUGAUGCAGUGCUUAUUUUCUUUAAUGUGUUAUUUUACAUGUCAAGCACAAAAAAUUACCAUUUAUUGCGGUUUUAACCUAAUUUUUAAUUAUUCUUAAAAUCCAAGAUGGCGGCCAAGUUGGCGACCAUUGUUGGUGACGCCACAGGCCCCCAGCAGUGCCAACACCCAUAAAAUGUACCUCAUCUUGUUGAGAAGAUCAAAGGCUUUCCACCGAAGGCAAAGUCGUUUCGAAAUACUGCAACAUCAAAAACUCCGGGAAGGAGUUCCUCCAAUCCCCCCAGGUUCCAUCACGCAGUUUCUCGGAAUCUUAUACCAGCUGGUAUCGACGUUUUCCAAAUCAAUCAAAAUUAUAAAAAUUACGUUAAAUAAUAAUAGAAAAAAAGAAGAAAACAAAAUAGGUAGCGUUUAUCACGCGGCGUUAAGUUUUAUUGCUGCCGCAGUGAGUGAGCCUGAAGUGAGCGAACGAGGCAGCUCUCUAAUCGGCAAAAAAUUACAUUAUAGGGGCAUUCAAUCAUUUUUUUCUUACCAAACGUAAGGAAUUGUGGUUAUGCGCGACUAAAAGAUUUAGGAUGCGCAAUAGACUUACAAGGAAUUGUGGUUAAGUGCGAUUGUUAGAUUUAGGAUGCGCAGUAGAUUCGCAAGGAAUUGUAGCUAUGCUGGAAUGGGAGAUUUAGAAUGCGCCGUGGAUUGCCACGUACUUUCUUCUUACACUGUAAUUUGAAUAAUUUGCGAUCUCGUUAAAGUAUAGAAACAAAAAGGUCUAAUUAGAAAACAAACAACUUUACACGUGCUGCAUACUUUAGCAGUUGGCCGACGCUUGUCGACCGAGAACCGAAGGCAUUCAUGAUGAAUUGAUCAUAGUCGAUGCCAAGGCAGAGCGAAGAAAAGUUCGAAAUUUCUGUAUAUUUGGGUUGGUUUUCGGAAAACAGAACACGCUUAAGACCAGCAAAAUAGCGUAGCAUAUGGACAAAGCAAUAGCAUCACUGGAGCAAGCAGCCGUUUAAUAUCUUUCAAGCAUAUUUUCACAAAAUGCAAUAUUUUAUAAGUCCGAUAUUUUGACUAUAGUGAUUAGUGUUAAGCACUGGCGAUACCGAUUAAGGUUAAGCACUGAGAAUACUAAUUUAAGCACAAGCUAUACUUAUAAGGGUUAAGCCCUGAGAACAGUGAUUAGGGUUAACGGUUAGCUUCUGUUUUGGGUUGGGGGGUUUACGCUAUAAUAUUUGAAUAAAACCACCACCUUGCAGCGAAACCACGUUGGUCUAGUGGUUAGAGUAGUGGUAUUUAGAACCUAUGCUCCGGAAUCGAAUCCACUCAUAUUCUACUGAAUUUUUUUUUCCCUCAAAAUUGAAGGGACUUACUCUUUGACAACAUUUGUUGCAUCAGAAACUAAGUCUCUCAGUCUGUUCUAAAUCGACUUAUGAUAGUUUGGUCUGGCUGGGAUUCUUCGAUUUGUCAAAAUUAUUGAAAAAAUAUCGGACUGUCGGCAUUUGGUGUUUUGAAAGUCUUGACCGGUUACCGGCCAUAUAGCCGCAGCCUUUAUUAUUUUCCAAACAAAUUCCCUUCUGUUCUAAGAGGGAAUCACACAAGCAGUAUUAGAGCUACGAGCCCCAAAUUUAUGUGUCAUAUUUAUCAAAAAUUGAACAUAACUGCCUUCAAAAGUUAUUUAAAUUGGUGUUUGAUUCGUGACAUGGUUGGCCAAGUUAAUUUUGUGUUCCAUUGUCGUUUCUCAAACCUAUCUUGUAGCGCAGAUCACAGUCGAACAAAUUUCCUUAAACUUGUCAGAUGAAAUAAAUAGUCUUAAACUCAAGAAUUUUAACUUUCGUGGAAAUCGCUCUAUUUUUGUGCGAACAGGAAGACUGAUCACCGUAGUUAGAAAAUUUGCUCGUAUCACCAAAUCAAAGCUUCAAAAUAAAUUCUAUUUCAGUCAUUCAGUUGAAAGCGAGAAUGAUUGAACUUAUACAUAUCAAAAACCGAAAAUUAUCUGGCCACUUCUGACGCGACGCGAGCACAUUCGAAAAAUAGUAAAACUGGCUCAUAAUUAAGUUAGAGUCACCUCAAACGCGAUACUCGAAAGGAAGAUAAUUUCUAAAUGAUUUAGGUCAUCACUGACAAAGAUUUUGGAUAGCCCUCUUAGCCUCAUAUCACCUUCUACUAAAAACUUCACACUUAAUUUUCCAUUUCUUCACUAUUCCUUGCCUACGGCAGCAUUUCUACCCUUUAGGUAUACUAGUAUAGAUGAGUAAAGAUAGAUGAUAUACCACAUUUACUAGAGCCACAUUAAGACCUGGCGGGGGUAAUCCUCGCAUUUAAAGGUGUCUAUCGUUUGGCUGAAUUUUGGUAUGUUCUCUUCUAAUGUCGUUAUUCAUUUUGUAAUUCGAUAUCUUCAAACCUUUGCCAGUAUUGUACCUAGAAUUCCCAUGUGCACAUAAGAAUACAAUGCAUCAUGGUGAGUGACAGUGGGUUUUAAAAGCUGAUUAAAUCAAUUUGUCCCUAGAAAGGGAGGGAAGCAAUUAAGCCAUCGUACGUAUAGGUAGUGCUUUGGCAAAAAUCAUGAAAUUGAGGACCCGUGAUUAUACUAGGACCACUCAAACCAUUCAAGCUUGAAUUACUAGUAAAUUAUUGCACUAAACCCUCCUUCCUCCUCCUGCCUGCAAGAGAAAAAAUAUUGUAAUAACAAUAAUAAAUGAACCCUUGUUGGUAAGUCUGACACAUGGUCGCGAAUCAAACAAUUAAGAGAUAAGAAUUCUUUUUGCAGCAUGUAAAGAAACUGGAAUUUGAAGCUUCAGCUGCUGACCUACUCAUGCUUUCGCCUGGCCAGUACAAACUUGGUGUUCGAACACAGGGGUCAAAGGCGAAAUUGCACAGUGUUUUCAAAGAAGCAGAUUUCCAAGCUGUCAUCAUGGACGCACCAGUUGUUAAUACCACAAGGCAAAACACAAGUGUAACGGUGAGCAGAGCCGGCGGCUAUCAGGAACAACACGCAACAACAUCCAACGACAUGCAACAGGGUGUGCAAACGGACGCAACAUUUAACAUCCAACAAUGUUGGGGGUUGUUGGCCAACAAUGUUGCGUCCGUUUGCACGGGGCUUAAAAGCGCAAAUCCUUUAAAAAUACUAUACUAAGGAUUCACUUGAAACAAUAAACUUCGGUAACCCAUCGUAAUUCUUGACAUAACGGCUCUGUUUAGUUCCUAUAAGAAAUGACUUAAGCCCCGUGCAAACAGACGCAACAUUGUUGGCCAACAACUCCCAACAUUGUUGGAUGUUACCUGUUGCGUCCGUUUGCACGCCCUGUUGCAUGUUGUUGGAUGUUGUUGCGUGUUGUUGCGCAAAGUUUGAAACCGGUCAAACUUUUCAGUCAACAACUCCCAACAUUUCUUUUGUUCCUUGAUCGUCGAAGCGUAGCGCAACAAUGUUGGAUCCGUUUGCACAGCUCUUUCAACAUUGUUGGGGCCACGCACGCUCAUUACGCAUGGUUUACAAAGACUUAUGGGUUGUAUCCUUCCCACGAUGCACUGCAGGUCCGAACAUUGUUGGGGGUUGUUGCAUCCGUUUGCACACCACUGCUAACACACACGCAACAACUCCCAACAUUGUUGGCGCAACAAUGUUGGAAGUUGUUGCGUCCGUUUGCACGCAGCCUUAGGGCAAUAAAUAACUUAAUUGACUUGUUUUGUUCUUAGUCUCGCAAUUUUCUAACAAAACAGUACAUUACAUUAGCUCAGCUAUUCAAAAAAAUCGCUGCUCAAAACUGAAAUUAUAAAUAUAUAUAUUCAAAUACUUAGCUGGAGUACCUAUCCUGGAAAUAAACUCAGUUACGUAACCGCAAAUGUGUUUCUGUCCAUCGAGAAUACUAUCGCGAUAAAUAAGUCGUUUUCUUUUCCAACAAUCUGGGAAAGUAAACAGACCAAAAAAAAUUUACUAGACUUUUACAAGUCCAAUAAGCAGGCCAAGUGAAAGUUUAUCAGACAUCACCACAAAAUUAUCCUGCGUAGGAUGGCGUCCGACCAAAACCGCCAUGCUCCGCAGCGCAGGCUAGGGUCAACUAAGAUCCCGACCUAAGAGGAAAGAAGAAAAAGGGCAUAUUUUACGUUGCCUUGAGAAUUCCUCCCUCCGCCCCUCACCAGGGUUGGCACUUAUCGACAUGCACAUUGGUCAGAACUAAAUUUUUAGCUUCGAUAAGUUACCAUGUUUUCUUACCCAUUAUGCUGCAUUGUAAGAGCCCACUCUUGCAUUAAGCUAGGACGCAUAAAGAAUAAUUUAUAAUCCUUGUUAGAAAUGGAUCGUGAAAACAACUGAGUGCCACAACAAUCUAAGCAAUGAUCUUGCAACUUUAUGUAUCACCCGGGACCACUGGGCAAGAAAAUAUUGCAAUUUACCUUAAUUCACCAUCAAGCAAUCUCACCUUUACUACCUCACCUCUUAGACUAAUAAUUAUUGUUUAACUUAAUUAAUUCAAGUGAUCGAGAGACCGCCAAAGUUACAUAUAAGUGUAUCUUAUAUGUCAGAGUUUGUAAUCAUGAUUGUUUUGAUAACAGGUGCAAUGGAUACCAGUUCACAACAAUUCAGGCCAGGAUUUUUCAAACUACGUCAUCUCCUACCUCCAGCGAGACACAGAUUUAGCCUGGCGUCAAAUUGAAGUCGGAUUAUCAAAGACUCAAGAAACAGUAGAUCAUCUACAAGCUGACAGCGAAUAUCUUUUCUGUGUCUCUGUUGCGAGUUCUAAGCUAGGGGCUGGCAUAAGGAGUCCUCCGACUGCUGUUUACACUGGUGCUAUGUCUGGUAAUUCAUUUUUUUCAGUUUCCCGUGCAGUCUGGAGUUUAUAUUUGCCGAAAUAAGUGUCGUAUACGUUCUCUGGACAAUUGUCUUCCACACAGUGCAUAGAACGAGAUUUUCCCUGUUUGGAAUAACAACGUAACGUAAAUUACAUGAGACAAUGAACAGUACACACAAUAACUAGCAGCAACAGGUUUUCCAACACCAAGAAACAACCCAAGAUCGAACCACUGAAACACUGCUCCAAUAUCGCCAGUAAAAUUGAAAAUGUAUAUAUAUUUAUAAUAAGUCAGUCUUCCAAGCCGUUUAAUCAACUUUCUUUGCAGCGAAGUUUUCACGUAACAUAUUGGACAAUCCAAACUUCGCCCCUGCACAGGAUUGGGAUGAAACUGGGCACACUUUUAAUAUCAUCACAGAACCUUGGAAGUUGAUACAACCAAAAGACAGGCAAUACAGGCUUGAAAAAAGAAAUCUUGGUAAGAAAAAUAACUGCUUAUUAGGACCUUAAUUUACAAAGUCCUUUUUAGCCAAUGGGUACUCCCACAAUUCCCGGUGUUGAUUGGGAGGACCCAUUAUUUAACUUGGUCCAAGCCGUCAACUUGAAUGGUUUCUCUUUUGGCCAUUCCUUAUUAGGCCGCACUAUAUAAGUAUUUCGGCGUUUCGCCCUCUCCUUAUCUGUACGUAUCGAAUUUAAAUAACAAUAAUAAUCAUAAUAAUCAUUAUAAUAAUUAUAAUAAUUAUGUGACUCUUGUACUGCUAACUUACUGAGAAGGUCACUUUCCAGCAGCAAUCAACAGACUUAUGACUGCCCUAAGUUCAUGGGAUGCGCUAGGCUCUGAUUCGAAAGAGCAUGGCUCCAAAGCGAAUAAAUAAUAAUAAUAAUAAUAAUUGAUGUAGCUGAACCAAGGGAUGCCAGGGUGGAACUGAAGGAAAAAGGGAAAAUUGACCUAGCAAUAUAAUUGAGAAAACUGUGGAGAGUCAAAACAAGAGUUGUUCCUUUUGGGGGCACUUGAGACAAUCUCAAAAGGAUAAGUUGGCCAUCUUGAAAGCAUAGGGGUGAAUCUUGAUUUGCUUCAAAUACAUCAAGAAUCCUCCGACGGGUUCUCGAGUACUAAGAAGGUUGCAGGAUGUGGCUUGUACCGGGAACUGGUUACCAGUUGAACACUGAUAGUAUGUUCAUAAUAAUUUUAAAAAUAUUUAAUAAUAAUUAUAAAAAUAAUAAUAACUUUGUUACUUAUCUUAAAAGCACAUGUAUGAUUAAAACGUAGUUGCUAAUCGAUCACGUUUGAUGAUGUAUGUUGAGGCAUAGGAAACGUCAUGUAUUCAAGUAUCAUGUUUUUGUAAAAAGGAAAAUGUUUUCGUCAUUCCUAAUAUUUGUUACUAUAGAUCGUUUUGAUCGUAAGGGACAUUUGAUUCACUACCCACAUGGACACUUAUUGAUUGUUUCAGGUUUGUUCCCCCCUGUCAAUGAAGGCGGUAUGACUAGCUGGUUCAUUCAGGCAUCGAAUUCCCUCUGUUGGAGAGUACAGACGAUCAAUCUCCUGUUCAAGGGUUUUACAGCGGAGUAUCUUGAUGAAGUGAAACCAGAUAUCCUUGUUUCUGAAAGGCAAGUCAGCUACCUUGACUUCACCUUGGGAAUAUAAGGUCUUUCCAUAAGGCGCACCCCUUCAUGACCCAGUAUAACUUAUGAACUAACUGCCGUCUCAUAUCGCCCUACUUUCCUAAGGAAAUUCUGCUUCGCUGUUGCAAAACGUCCCGGACCAGAGCGCGGCUGUAUUGCCAGGCUAUCAUGAAAAGGGAAUUUUGGAUAGAAAAUGCAGCAUGUUAUUAAAAACACUGCCUUCUUAUUUAGACAACAUUGUCAACAUUGACAUUUUCAAUCGCCUUAAAAGGAGCCCUUCCAAGUUUUUUUUCUACUCACUUAAUUAGCUGCUGAUAUUUCAUUUGGAUUGAUGUUUGUCAUGACUAGUACAAAAUUUCGUUAGACUUUGACGACCUUGGCGAGUUUCUGUAAAUCGGCUCCUGUUUCCGCUUUUUCAAAACAAUUAAAAAAAUGAAAUGUUCUGGAAGCAACUUUGAAGGAGUAGACUGAAAAAAAGAGACUUCAAAAACCAAGUGGCACAAUUGCAAUGAUUUUAAAACACUUUGAUUAACUGAAUUUUUAGGUAUGCCAUUAAAAAGCGCCGCACUGGCACAUUUCAAAUGAAGGUGUCCUUGCUUGAUGCCGAGGAGAGGAAUCUUCCUGGAAGAAACUUUUAUUACACCGGACAGCUCCCUCUUUCGUCGGAGCCACAGUCAAAACCGCCGCUGACGUCUGAAGAAUGGAUGUGGAGUAUUGCAGGGCACAUAUUCUCUGGUUACCCUCCAGGUUUGCGAUUCAUUCGAUUUGAGGACAUAAUACAAAGCGAUAUAACUGGAUUGACAACAAUUAGACCAAUCAGAAGAGGCUCUGGCAAGGCUGCUUCGGUGGAAUUCGAUCCAUACGACGAACUUACGCCCACCGAUUGUUACAACGUGAUGGCGUGUGGAGCUUCUGUCAAGAUUGCUCAAAAGUAAGAAUUUGUAUAAAUAGUUAAACUUCGAUAAAAAAAAUCACUUAACAUUAGAUUUCUUAGUAUUAUUCUAUUUUAAAGAAAGCAACCACUUUGUUUUAAGUUGGCCUUUUUCAGUAUAAAUUCCAAAAUUCAUCAAAUUCAUCAUGAAAGAGGUUUGCGAACGGAAAGAAUGAUUUAUGUUACGUCCAAACUCCAACUUUGUCGACGGGUUUGGUCGUUUUCGUUCCUUAUAUUUUUCCAUAUUUUUCUUUCUGAACCCAUUUAGCGUUCACUUUUUAAACACGUAAUUGGUAAGCAGCGAAUUCAGCAAGGAUAGAUCAGAUCUUUUCGUAGGUACCACAUUUUGGACCAAUCCUGAUAGCCUUACACACAAAAAUAAGUGUUACAUCUUUUAGUCAGUCAGCCACAAUUCCAAGGGAAAGAAAGGCGAUAAAGCGGGAAACAAAACCAAAUUGGAACAUGGAGGCCAAACGAAGUUGAAAAAGAGAGAGCGAGAAAGAAAGAUCGAAAUACUGGUAGAAUCGCAAAUUUAUCCAAUAAGCCCACAGUUUUGCAGGUCUUACUUUUAGCCAUUUUCGUGCUAAGUAUUGGCCGAAAACCGGUAGAAAAGAGGAUUUGAAGAUUUUGUUUUGUUUUGUUUUUUUUUUUUUCCUACUAUCUGGCUAGCAAUAGACCUUUCGUCCUUCUCCCUUUGGCUUCCUUGAUUCAAACCUUCUGAUUGUAUUUCAAAGUACAAAAAAAGCCAAACAAAUAGACACACACUCUUACGAUUGGAAGCCGAAAAAGGUUCUGACAUUACUGCCACCAUUUCUAAAAGCCCGCUCUAUACUAUCGAUAUUUUUUUUUCAGCGUAAAAGGAUAGAGGCUCGUUUAUAUAAGUUUCAUUAAUUGGCUGUUUGGUCUAUUUUUACCACUAGCGAAGCUUGA